AGCAGGCAAAAUCUUCAUCUCCCUUGAUCUGUUGAAAGCAUAUAUAUACAUACACAGAUUAUCUUGAACAAUGUCAGGCGUUUGGGUAUUCAACAAAGGCGUGUACCGUCUCGUGGAGAACCCGCAGGCGGAGGCUUCGAGCAACAGUUCCCGAAGGAAGGUCCUGGUCCACUUGCCGACCGGUGAGGUUGUGAAUUCCUAUGAGUCGCUCGAGCGUAUCCUGAGGGGCCUGGGAUGGGAGAGGUACUUCAUGGGCGACCCAGACCUCUACCAGUUCCACAAGCAGUCGUCCAUCGACCUGAUCUCCCUCCCUCGCCAGUUCUCCCGUUUCAACUCGGUGCACAUGUAUGACAUCGUCGUGAAGAACCCUAAUACCUUUCACGUCCGUGAUAUGUCAUCCUGAGCUGUCAUCCUCGGACUAGUCAUGCAUCAUAUGUUCGUACUUCCUUUCGACCGCACUCAGCUUCCUGUGUGUUGAUUAGUGUCAUGCUAUUGUUGUAUAAUAAUUUGUAUUCUCAUGUUUUGAUUCAUCCUAGAUUGCCAGAACGAUCUCCUCGCUAGGGGCAAUGUUUCAAAUAUAUGUAUGUUUCAGUUCAAUUCGAUCCAUUGUAAUGAUAUGGAAGGGAUAUAAUUUUGUCUCGUUUA